CCUGGCAGCAAGACCCCCACUGGUGACAUUCAAGGAUGUGGCUGUGGACUUUGCCCAAGAGGAGUGGGAACAUCUGGACGCUUCUCAGAGUCACUUGUACGGAGAAGUGAUGUUGGAGAACUAUGAGAAUCUCAUCUCCUUGGGGCAUCUGCUGUCCAAACCGGAAAUGAUUUUCUAUUUUGAACAAGAAGAUGGUGUAUGGAUGGAGGAAGAAAUGCCAAGAAGCUCCUAUUCAGGUGUCAGGGAUGAGAAUGAUGGGAUUCUCCCUUGGCAGACAUCUCCAAGAGAAAAACCCUACAGCUGUCCCCAGUGUGGCCAAGACUUCAGACAGCUCAGAAACCUUCUACUUUACCAGCAAACCCAUACAGGAGAGAAGCCCUCUCCAUACGCUGGGCGUGGAAGAGCCUUCAGGGUAAGGACAGCAGACCUUAACUUUCCCAGGCUCCUUCCCAGAGAAAAGGCCUACCAAUGCAUGGAGAGUUCCAGAGUCUCCAACUCAGGAGCCACUCUGAGAAGGCACAGGAAGGACCACAUGUGAGGAAUGUGGGAAGGACUUCAGCUGCAGCUCCAACCUGUCCAUCCACCGGCGCGUCCACACGGGCGAGAGGCCCUUCAGGUGCCAAGACUGCGACAAGGACUUCAGCCGCAGGGCAGCCCUGCAGACCCACCAGACGUCCACGUAGAAAGGAAGCCCCACGUAGGAAGGAAGCCCCAUGCUUGUGAGGUGUGUGGCCGGGGCUUCACGCUGCACUCUACACUGGCAGGACCGUGCAGGAGACAAGGGCUAUGUGUGUAACAGAUAUGGCUGGGGUUUCAGCCAGAGAGCCAGCCUCUACCUGCACCAGUGCGUCCAUACUGGAGAGAGACUAUUCGGCGUGAGGCCUGAGGGAAGCAGUUCGGCCGGAGCAAGGACCUGGGCAUCCACCAGAGGGUCCACACGGGAGAGUAGCCCUACCGGUGUGGGGCUUGUGAGAGGGACUUCAGGCACUGUUCAGCCCUCAGGAGCCACCAGAGGGCGCACAGGGGAGAAGCCCUAUCCCUGUGCCGUGUGUGGGAAGGGGUUCAGUCAGAGAGUCCACCUGUAGAUGCACCAGAAGGUGCACCGUAGGGAGAGGCUUUUGGGACUGGGCGUCGCCAAAUGUCAGAACAGCAGUUGUCUGCAAGGUGCCUUCCAGAGCCCGGGGGAAUGCCAGGGCAUGGGUGCUGAGAUACACGGCAUGGCAGGCUUAACGGUAUAGGGCAUUUAUUCCUGUUUAGAUGGGAAAGAUGUCAUAGUAUGCAGGUUGGUAGAUUUUCACAAAGUGAACACACCCGUGUCCAGCCCCUGACUGGAGAAACGGAAUAUUUCCAGCUCUUCCUAGAGACGUCUGCCUGCUCCCUUCUGCUUGGCCCCCUACAAAGGAAAUCACUCUCCGGACUUCUAAAACCAUAUAUUUUGCAAGUUCUAGAAUAUCAUGUAAGUGGAAUUUUACAGCAUGUAGUCUUUUAUGUAGGACUUCAUUCACUCAGUGUUUGCAGGAAUCACCCAUGUUGUUGCAGGUACUCUUUUUUUUUUUUUUAAAGAUUUUAUUUAUUUAUUUGACAGAGAGAGACACAGCGAGAGAGGGAACACAAGCAGGGGGAGUGGGAGAGGGAGAAGCAGGCUCCCCGCAGAGCAGGGAGCCCGAUGCGGGACCGUGGGAUCAUGACCUGAGCUGAAGGCAGUUGUUUAACCAACUGAGCCACCCAGGCGCCCUGUUGCAGGUACUCUUAAGUUCAUCUAUUUUAUUACUAAAUAGUAUUCCAUACAACACAAGUGCAGUUUGUCCGUUCGCUUGUUGGUGGACAUUUACAUUUGGACAUUUGGGUUGUUUCCAGUUUUUGGCUUUAUAAAUAAAGCUGCUGUGAACAUCUGGGUACACAUAUACUCUGUGUGGACAUAUACUUUAAUUUCUUUGGGGUAUUUAUAGGAGUAGAAUUGACAAGUAUUCUAAAACUUUUUCAAAAACUGAAUUUAUUGAAGUCUUAAAACACAUGAUUAACUUUUACUAUAUGUCAAUAGAGAGGAAAUAAUUAUGCAAUUUAACAAUGUUAUCUUGCACAUUGGAUUUUUACAUGUACCUGGAAAUUUUCAAACAAAUAUAGAAAAAGAGCAGUGUAACAAACUCAUGUCCCCAUCAUCUAGCUACUCAUGAUGAAUUGUCUCCCUUAUUCCAUCCUCCUCCCUCACACACACAAUCCUGGAGUAUUUUAAAGCAAAUCCUAGACUAUGAUAUUGUUUCAUCUUUAAAUACUUUUGUAUAUAUCUUCAAAAAAUAAAUAUUUAUUUAAAAUUUUUUUUCAAAGAAUUAUCCUUUGCUUUAAAAUUUUUUUAUUGAGGUAAAAUUCAGGUAACAUAAAAUUUACUAUUUUAACGUUUCAGAGAACACAGCCGAGUAGUUUUAGUACAUUUACAAAGUUGUCUAACCAUCACCACCGUCUACUUCCAGGGCAUUUUCUUUUUUUUUUUUUUUUUGAAGAUUUUAUUUAUUUAUUUGACAGAGAGACAGCGAGAGAGGGAACACAAGCUGGGGAGUGGGAGAGGGAGAAGCAGGCUUCCCGCAGAGCAGGGAGCCCGAUACGGGACUCGAUCCCAGGAUCCUGGGAUCAUGACCUGAGCCGAAGACAGACACUUAACGACUGAGCCACCCAGGCGCCCUCCAGGGCAUUUUCAUCAGGCCAAAAAGAAAACCCCUUACUGUUAAGCAGUCGCUCCCCAUUCUUCCCUCCCACCUACCUCUGGCAACCACUAACUUACUUUCUGUCCCUAUAGAUUUGCCUAUUCUGGGCAUUCGAUAUAAAUGGAAUCACAAACUAUGUGGCCUUUUAUGGCUGCUUUCACUUCGCAUAAUAUUUUCACGGUUCAUCCCCGUUGUAGCAGGUGUCCAUACUACAUUCCUUCUUAUGGCUGAACAAUAUUCUAUUGUAUGGAUAUGGCACAUAUUUUAUCCAUUCUUCAGUUGAUGGACAUUUGAGUUGUUUCCAGUUUGGAGCUAUUAUGAAAAAUGUUAUGAUGAACAUUCAAUUCAUGUACAAGGUUUUCAUUGAGUAUAGGCAUUUAAUUCUCUUGGAUAUAUGUGGAAGAGUGGAAUUCAUGGAUCAUGUGAUCAUUCUAUCUUUUUUUUUUUUUUAAAGAUUUUAUUUAUUUAUUUGAGAGAGAGAGAGAAUGAGAGACAGAGAGCACGAGAGGGAAGAGGGCAGAGGGGGAAGCAGACCCCCCGCUGAGCAGGGAGCCCGAUCCCGGGACUCCAGGAUCAUGACCUGAGCCGAAGGCAGUCGCUUAACCAACUGAGCCACCCAGGCGCCCGAUCAUUCUAUCUUUCGCUUUUUGAGGAGCUGCCAAAUUGUUUUCCAUAGUGGUUACACCAUCUUACUUUGCCACUAGCAAUGUAUGAGGAUUCCGGUUCCUCCACAUUUUCACCAACAAUUGUCAUUCCCCGUCCUCCCCCCACCCUUUUUUUAAAUCCUAAUCCCAUUGGUAGCUGUGAAGUGGUAUCUUACUGUGGUUUUGAUUUACAUUUCUGUAAUUACUAAUGAUGUUGAGUUUCUUCUCAUGUGUUUAUUGGCCAUUUGUAUAUCUUUUUUAGGGAAAUCUCUAUUCAAGUCCUUUGCCCAUUUUAAAACUGGAUUAUCUUUUUGUUGUUGAACUGUAAAAAUUAUUUAUAUGUUACUAUCAUUUGCAAAUAUGGUCUCCCAUUCUGUGGGUUGUAUUUUCACUUUCUUGGUGGUUUCCUUUGAUGCACAAGUUUUUAAUUUUGAUGAAGUCUAAUUUAUUUGCUUUUUUCUUGAUAUUUGUGCUUUUGAUGUUCUAUUUAAGAAAUGGUUACCUAGGGGGCG